AUGGAGAAGAAUGAAAAUGAACCGAUGUGGGAAGGAUUCCCAAAAUAUCAACUGCUUCGUAUAAUUAUGCAACUACUUUCAGACAUGGGAUACAGUCACCACCGUAGCAUCAGAAAUAAUCCAUUUAUAAUAUAUCUCAGUGAGGCUGUCAAAGCUCUAGAAAGGGAAUCAAACUGCUGCUAUAAGUUUCCAAGCAUUGCACUCCUGGAAGAAUCUGUUUUGAAAGGAGAUACAAAGACAGCCCGUGGUGUAUUAUCGCAAUUGACAUUAUCAUCUGAAAUACGCAUGGCGUGCACGUUUUUAUUAUCGCAACAUAGUUACGCCAGUGCAGUUUACAGAAACGAUCUUGAUGAAGCGCUUAAAAUAUUACGUGAUGACCUUUCCAAGUUAGUGUUCGAUGAAGAUACGAAACAACGACUGGCAACAUGUUCAAGUAUAGUCGCCUACCCUUCGAUAGAAGAGGCUUUACGUAACGAGUUGCAUUGGGAGCAUGAGACAGCGCAUAUUCAGUUAUGGUCUCAUAUUAAGACUCUACUAUCGCCGGAGUGGGUAGUUCCGCAAAAACGACUGAUGACACUACUGCAACAAGCAAUCGAUAUGCAAGAACUUUACUGCCCCAACCAUCUCCUUGGCGGCAAACAAGAGGGAACUACUACACUAUAUGAAGACCAUGCUUGUCCAGAUGUUGUCGUACCCUCUAAUUGUGUUGCACUUUUGGAAGGCCAUUGCGAUGAGGUAUGGGACGUAGCGGCGUCACCGGAUGGUCAGUACUUUGUUACCGGUGCACGAGACGGGAAUAUUAUAUUAUGGAGUACAACGAAACCCUUCGAUCGUAUAUUCCGUUGGAGAACACAUCGCGCCGCUGUAUGUUCGGUAUCAUGGUCAUCUGAUUCGGUAUAUUGUGCGUCAAUUGACAAGGAUGGUGUUAUACUGCUAUGGAUGCCAGAAUAUCCGUCAUGUGUUGGACGUGUUGAACCAUGUUACGGAAAUCAAUUCUGUUUGAGUUGGCUACCAGGUCGUCAUGCGUUUGUCUUAGGUGGUUUAGAACGUGAAAUAGUCUGCUACGAGAUACAACUAAUAACAGAAAAGGAGGAUUCUCCUCCAGAUUCACCACUCUCAUCCGAUGAUGAGGAAUCUGAACCAAAGGAUCAAUCCCGUGCAUCACCGUUCCACUAUUUACGUGCGACACAGCGUUGUACCAUAGACUGCCGUGCCCGUUGUAUUGCGGUGAACUUCGAUGGAACCCUUGCAGUAAUGAGCUCACCGGAUAGGGUACUCCGUGUAGUAGACCUAGAUUCAUUUUGUGAGUUGGAACCACUUCCGGACAAUGGAAAUGUAACUAACCUGGUUGGUAGUGCUUUGCAUAACCAUAUGCUGGUUAGCGUCUCCGGAAGGUACCCUGUUAUGCGAUUAUGGGACCUUACUGAGAGGCGUGUAAUACAGACAUAUCGUGGUCACAUCGAAGACCGUUACGUAUUGAAAUGUGCAUUUGGCGGACAUAAUGAGAGUUUUGUUCUCAGCGGCAGUGAGGAUUCCCAGAUAUAUAUUUGGAGCAAGGUAUUCGGGACAUUACUUAAGGUGGUGCAGGCACAUACGUCAACCGUAAACUCCGUGGCAUGGAACAUACAACCAGGUUCCUAUAUGUAUAGCGUUUCUGAUGAUAGGAGCGUGGGUGUAUGGGAAAUAGGAAAUGAAUGA